AUGAUGAAAACUCCACAAUCAAGCCAUCCAACUCACAGUACUAUACACUUGAAUUCCAUUGAAUUCUCAUUAAAAAUCAUUUGUAAACCAACUCAAUUAGAAUCGGAUCAUCUUCAUGAUCAAGAACUUAUAGCUGGUCAAAAUUAUUUACGUUUACAUCCAAUCUCUGAUACUGUAUUUUUUAUAUUUACAAAAGGUAUAUUGGAUUAUGAAAUGAAUCCACGUGUUUCCUUAUUAAUUGAUUGUUAUGAUUUAGCUAAUAUAGAAUCAUUUGAUCAAGUUCAUUUCACUUUACAACAUAUUCAACAAAUGGAUCCAUUCAUACAAUCAUAUUCAUUUCGUAUAACAGUGGCUAUAUCUGAUCAAAAUGAUAAUCUACCUAUAUUUAAACAAUCAAAAUAUUAUAUUACAAUACCAGAACAUUUACCAGAUGAUUCAUAUAUUACUGAAAUGAAAGCAUAUGAUUUAGAUAAUGGUAAAUAUGCACAAUUAACAUAUCAAUUAAAUUCAAUUACAUUCAAUUAUAUUGAUGACGAUCAUGAUCAAGAUGAUCAUCAUGAUCAUGAUCAUGAUGAUGAAGAUCUUCUAGAACAUUCAGAACAUUCAAGAUAUCCAAGCCAACAUGAACAACCAUUUCAAAUUCAUCCAAUCACUGGUAUUAUUACAGUAUUACAUAAUCAAUUAUUAGAUCGUGAACUAAUUGAAUAUUUUUGUUUAUUGAUUUCAGCAAUAGAUAAAGGGAAUUUAACGACUAAAACACAAUUAAUUAUACAAUUAUUAGAUAUUAAUGAUCAUUUACCAAUAUUGCAUAAUCCUAUCAAUAUUGAUUUUCAAGAAAAUCAAAAAAUCAAUACUUUUAUUGAUUUUAUACAUUUAAUUGAUUUAGAUAAAGAUUCUAAAAAUUCACGUAUUCAUUUAUUAUUAAAUAAUAAUCAAUAUCAAUCAAUCAAUCAUCUACCAAUCAAUAACCAAUCAAUCACUCAUCGAUUAAUCAAUAACCAGUCAAUCAAUAAUCCAUAUAAUAAUUAUAUAAAAAUUAUACCAGAUAUAAAUUUUAAUUAUGCAGAAAUGAAUAAAAAUCAAUUAAUAAAUGAAUAUGAAUUAAAAGCAAAACUAAUUAGUCAAUUGAUAAUAGAUCGUGAAAAAAUCAAUAAAAUUUUUUAUAAAAUUAUCACAUAUAAUGAUAAUACUAAUAUAAAGCAAAUAAGUAGUAUAACAUAUACAUUAACUAUAAAUAUAUUAGAUGAAAAUGAUAAUAUACCAAUAUGUAUAUAUCCACAUUAUAAUAGUAUUAUUGGUUAUGAUGAUCAAGAUCUAGAUCAUGACCAUGAUCCAGAUCCAGAUCAAGAUCCAAAUCAUGAUCAUCCAAUAAUGAUUUAUACAAAUACACCAAUUUAUACAUUGAUAUUACAAAUAAAAGGUUAUGAUCCAGAUCAUCAUUUAAAUGGUACUAUCUUAUAUGAAUUAAAUCAAUUUACUAAUGGUAGUCCAUAUUUUUAUUUAAAUGAAUCUAAUGGUAAAUUAUAUACGAAUUGGUUAAUUGAUAAUUUAUAUGAUUCAUAUCAUAUGGAUACUAAUCCAUCACACCAUCCACCUAUAGAUGGAAUAUAUCAGAUUAAGAUCUUGCUAAAAGAUAUGGGUAUACCAUCUUUAUCAAAUGAAACACAAUUUUUUAUAAAAAUUCAUUCAUUUCAUAUCAGUCAAUCAAUAAUCCAUAAUCAAUCAAUCGAUUUGAAUCAAACAUUUACAUUUUGGUUAUAUAAUCAUCAUCAUCAUCAUCAAUUUUUAUUGAUUGCAUUGAUUAUUUCACUUAUAUUAUUGAUUAUGAUAAUAAGUAGUAUCAUCAUAUGGAUCAAAUCAUCUUGUCAAGAAAAAUUGAGUCUUAUUCAUAAAACAGAAUGUAAUCCAAUUAUCAUAACAACACAGAAAGAUCAAUCUUUAAAGAAACCAUAUUGUAUUAAUUGUUUAUCAACUAAUAAGAAAUAUCAAUAUUCAUCGAAAAUCGAUAAUAAUAAUAAUACGAAUAAUAAUAAUCAUAAUAAUCGAUUAAAUUGGCCAGUGACAAAUAUAAUUCAUCAAUCAAUAAAUGAUAGACAUAGAUAUUCUACUCAUGAUUCAAUCAAUAAUAAUCUAAAUAUUAUUACUACUACUACUGCUCAUACUACUAUUAAUACUACUAAUCAAGAUCUGUAUAGUUAUACAAAUCAUUUACAUACAAAUCCAAUCUGUUCAUUCACAUUCCCAUAUGAUACUAGUAACCAUAGCAACAACAAUAACAACAAUAAUGAUGAUUAUGAUGAUCAUCAAUCUAUAAGACAAAAAGUAACUUUAUCAUUAGAUUCAUCAAAUCUGAAUUAUUCUAUAUAUAAUAGAUCUAUUCAUGAAACAUUUAUAAAUGAUCAGUUUAAUAAUGAUGUAUAUAAACAAUCAUUAUAUCAUAGAACAUUUGGAAAUUCUAUUAUUUAUUCAGGAUAUACUAAUUCAUAUUUAUCUUCUAUACAUGAUGUUAUUGAUUAUGAUUCAUAUCAGAGACAACAAAGAAAUAUGAAAUCCCAAUGA